AUGGGUGAUUUGAGCGAUUUGAGUCAUUUGAGUGUUGUGUCCGUUGUGUUGAAGUUGAAGUUUCGUGUAUAUUGUAUAGUUUAAGUUAUUUUGACAGUAUUAGAAAUAAAAUGACUCACAGCCUGCUCACUUGUAUGAUACCAGUCUUGAACAUAAGUAAGAAAGUUCUACUACCGAGUUCUGGCAGGCUACGUAAUAGUACACUUUUAUGGAAGACAGUGGAGGUUAGAUUUCUCCGUGGUGUAGCCGAAAAUUCGGCGGAUACGAACGCAGGAAGUUUGCCAUUUUCGAGAUUAGAAUCCUCUGUCUCACAGAAUGAAAAUUACGAAACACGGCUUCUGAAGAUUGCCAUUAUUGGUGUCCCAAAUGCUGGGAAAAGUACUGUUAUAAAUCAGCUGGUGGGCAGAAAGGUUUGUUCUAUAUCAAGAAAGGUGCACACUACUAGAUGCAAUGCAAGAGCAAUUGGAAUUGAAGGCAAUACACAGUUAGUGUUUCUGGACACCCCAGGACUAGUUAACGCUGAUGAGUCACACCGGCACCAUCUGGAACACUCCUUUCACUGUGACAGUGAGAUAGCUAUGUUAGAAGCAGAUGUCAUAGGAGUAGUACAUGAUGUGUCAAACCCAUGGACACGAGACAGGCUUGAUCCCAAAGUGCUACGUUUGCUGUACCUCUAUCCUAGGAAGCACUCCUUUCUUAUCCUUAACAAGAUAGAUGCAUUGAAGACCAAGAGAAAACUGUUGGAUGUUGUCCGUCUCCUGACAAACAAUUCCCUGGCAGGACAAUCAAAGACUUCUGAACGUGAACCAUUAUCAGCAAUAAAUUACCCAGAGUGUAUAGAGCAGCAGCAAGCACAUAAGAGCCAUGAUCACCAAGUGAAGGAUGACAUGAGCUCCUCAAUACUUUCAGAACUGCAGGUCCAGAGGAAGGUGGCAAAUGAGAGAGGUUGGCCCAACUUCAAAGAAAUCUUUAUGGUGUCAGCCCUUUUGGGAGAUGGCAUGAAUGAUAUCAAGGAUUAUUUGCUGCAUAUAUCUGAAUCCUCACCGUGGCUGUACCCAGAGUCCAAGUUCACAGAUCAGCCUUCAGAAACUAUAGUAGUUACACUGUACGCUCCAAGCUACUGGACCAUUUACCACAGGAAAUUCCCUAUAAUCUCAACACACUUAUUGAAUAUUUUGAUGUUGGGAAAGAAGGAUCCAUAUCAGCAGUGGUACUUGUGGAAUGCCCAACACUUCGACUUCAGCAACUGGUUGUUGGGUCUGGUGGGCUAAGGGUCCGUACAAUAGCACGUGAGGCAGAACAAGAAUUGCAGAGUACCUUCAGACAGCCAGUACGAUUGAAAGUGGCUGUUACCAACAAAAGCCAAAAACUU